AUGUGUGAAGUUCAGAUGAAACUUCAACAAGCCUUCUUUGAACAUCAGCAAGAACGGGCAGAAGAGCAAAUGAAAAUCCAACAGAAAUUCUUUGACAAGCAACACAGUCUCAAAAUUAAGAGUGAGAAUACUGUCAAAUUGCCAAAGUUAGACAUAGUUUCCUUUAAUGGAAAUAAACUGCAAUGGAUGGAAUUUUGGGACUCUUUCUCUAGUGCUAUACAUGAAAAUGACAAUCUGUCGCCAGUUGACAAGUUCAACUAUUUAAAGGGAAAGCUGGUUGGAGAAGCUAGAGGUGCUAUCGCUGGACUGACAUUAUCUAAUGAAAAGUACGGUAUUGCCAUAACAAUUCUAAAGGAAAGAUUUGGAGAUAAACAAGACAUUAUAGAUUUGCAUUACAAGGGGCUGGUGAACGUUGCAUCCCCUAAAGAUACAACUGAAAGUUUGCGAUUCUUUUAUGACAAAAUACAAAAGCACUUGGAGGUUAUGCAUGAGAAUUUGGAGCAACAAGUGUUCGUAUCAAUUAUUCGGAGCAAACUACCAAGUGAUGUUCUUAUGCACCUUGAAGUACAGAAGGGUGCAGACAAUAAGUGGACGAUAACCAAGCUUCGUGAGUUUCUCAGACAGUAUAUUGUAUCCAGAGAAAAGUCAGACAGACCAAAACCAGUCAGUGCUACUUGUGUACCUGAUAGAAGAGUUAAUGCACAGUUUCAAAGAUCAAACAAUACUUUUAAAAGCUACAGGGGUAAUUCAACAACAAGUAACACUACCGGAGCUCUGACUGCAUAUGACAAGAAAGGACAUACACCUCUAAAACAUCAUCAAAAACAACAACAACACAAGAGAAUAUGUAGAUUCUGUAGUAAAAAUCAUUGGAGUGACGAAUGUCCGAAGUUUAAAACAAUCGGCGAAAGAAAAGCUCAAAUAAAGGGAUGCUGUUAUAAAUGCUUAAAAGAAGGACACAUGUCUCCUGACUGUAAAAGUAUACGUGUUUGUGUAUAUUGCAAUAAAUCAAAUGUACACCACAGAAGCUUAUGCCCUGAAAAAUUUAGAAAGGCAUCUCUGCAAGAAAGUGCAUAUUUGUUAGAAGAAGUAGCAUGUGUGUCUGAAGAUAGAGCAAAACCAAAGGAAAUUCUUAGAAAUUCUACGGAUGAUAAAGCUUGUAUUGAAAGUGCUUUGUUAUCUUCUAAUGAAAUAGUGAUGAUGCAAACAUCGCGCACUGAGAUUUGUGAUCCAGAUGGUCAAAAUAAAGAUAAUGUAAGAAUCUUAUUAAAUUCAGGGUCGCAAAGAACAUACAUAACCGAGAGACUGGCUAAAUCUUUGAAUCUGAAGAAGAAAAGUAAGCAAGAGAUUCGUCUAGUUUACAUUUGGGAGUGA